CUCCAACAUGUCCUGCUGCACUGGACAGGUCAACAACAUCAAAGAGGCAGAGCGGCUUGCCGGUCUUUUAAAUGUACGGCAACACUUUUCAAAGGGGCAGAAUGUAGAGGAUGAGUAGUCAGAGGCUUGUACUUGUACAGUUCGCUAUUUAAGAGACAUGAAAGGGGCAGAAUGUAGAGGAUGAGUAGUCAGAGGCUUGUACUUGUACAGUUCGCUAUUUAAGAGACAUGAAUGGGGAAACAAUGUGUCCAUUUGGUCUAUUGUCUUAUCAACUUGUCACAUGUCACUGUAAGCCUAAAAUCACUCUGGUAACGAAAAUAUCAAACAAGGAUUCCCAAUGCCAAAAAAAAAUAAGUACGGGGAAUUAAAAAAAAAUAUAUUUUUUAUCGAUAAAAAUAAAUUAUCUCAUCUUAUUAAUAACAUCCCUCACAGCUAUAUGCCAUUGAGACACAAGGAUGGAAGAUUCUAACAUAAGAAAAAUAUGAAAGUUGAAGACCGGGUUAUGAACCCCGAGGCUAAUUUUGUUUAUUUUGGCUGGAAUCAAUUUCUGGAGAGAGAAAAAAAUUUAAAUAGAUGAUGUUUUGUAACAUUUGAGAUAUUAGUUUGGAAAUGAGGGAAUGUAUUGCAAUGUAACUAUCAACAUCUCACUUACAUAAUUAGAUCUAAUGACCUAUUCAACUUUCAACAUAUCACUUAUAUAAAUAGAUCUAAUGACCACUUCAACUAUGAAAAUAUCCAUUUUUUCUUGAUGAACUGUUUAAGUUACACGCUCGUUACACAGUGACGUAGGAAAGGGCGUGCGUACAAUGCACAGUGACGUAGGAAAGGGCGUGCGUACAAUGCACAGUGACAUAGGAAAGGGCGUGCGUACAAUGCACAGUGACGUAGGAAAGGGCGUGCGUACAAUGCACAGUGACGUAGGAAAGGGCGAGCGUUCAAUGCACAGUGACGUAGGAAAGGGCGUGCGUACAAUGCACAGUGACGUAGGAAAGGGGGAGCGUUCAAUGCACAGUGACGUAGGAAAGGGCGUGCGUACAAUGCACAGUGACGGAGGAAAGGGGGUCCGGUCAAUGCACAGUGACGGAAGACGCAGGAAAGGGCGUGCGUUCAAUGCACAGUGACGAAGGAAAGGGGUGCGUUCAAUGCACAGUGACGUAGGAAAGGGCGUGCGUACAAUGCACAGUGACGUAAGAAAGGGGUGCGUUUUUGCACAGUGACGUAGGAAAGGGGGUGUGUACAAUGCACAGUGACGCAGGAAAGGACGUACGUUCAAUGCACAGUGACGUAAGAAAGGGGUGCGUUUGUUGCACAGUGACGUAGGAAAGGGGGUGUGUACAAUGCACAGUGACGCAGGAAAGGGCAUGCGUUCAAUGCACAGUGACGUAGGAAAGGGGUGCGUUCAAUGCGCAGUGAAGUAGGGAAGGGGGUGCGUUCGAUGCACAGUGAUGCCGGAAAGGGCGUGCGUUCGAUGCACAGUGACGUAGAAAAGGGGGUGCGUUCGUUUAUGUUCAAAUGCAAAGGGUUUAUUUUUUUGUGGAGGCGGGUCAAAAUACUCAGACCGCCCUGGGCUGCACUAAACCUUGUUACGCCUUGGUAUGUUGUUGGUGAAUCGACGUUUUUAUAGGUAGGUCCAACGGGAGAAGUGUGUGUAUGUGUUGGUGGUUGGGGUUAAUGUAAUAACUGAUAGGGUAAAUUUGACAAUGAAAAAGAACUUGAUAGAAAAGAUGGUGCGGACAGAUGGCAAUCUUUGGUUCCAAUAGAAGUAUGGUACUGUCCGUGGAAGUAUGGUACUGUCCGUCGGGUCACCAAAUAUCUGCCAUGGGCCUGCAGUGUUUUACAUCAUGAAAGGCUGUACUGGUGGUCAUCACAGAAUAUGUUUGGUCAUGUGUGCUUAAAUUAGAUUUGAAAAAAUAAAAUAAAGUGGGUGGUUUUGUGGGGGGGGGGAGGGUGUCCGUUACUGUCCCCUCCUUCAUGCAAGCUUAAUUGUUUGGAACAUUAACGUCAUGUAAUGAUAUUUUUGUGGUACCAUGGAAGAAAGGUAAAUAUAUUUUGGUGGUUGCUUUGAUGCAAUGUAGUGAUAUUUUGGUGGUAGCCUUUACGUCAUCUAGUGAUGUUUUGGUGGUAGCAAUAACGCAAAAUAAUGAUAUUUUAGUGGCAAGGUGCAUGAAUGACAAACCAAAACUUUGAAAAAUGCUGAAUUCUGUAUAACCUUUUGAAAAACAAAUCUCUUGUACUUGGUGUUUGAACACAGAACAACGCCUGCAAUUCACUGCUGAAGAAACAUUUGACCAAAGAAAGACUCGACGCCUUGAAGAAGAGGAAGACCAAGCUCGGCGGCCAACUUGCUCACUGUAUUGUCUCGGGGUGCCUCAAUCUCGACAGCAGUGUCGGCAUCUACGCUUGUGACCCGGAAGCGUAUACGACUUUCAGUGAUCUUUUCGACCCGGUGAGUGAGAAACUUACAUCGGCUAAUCCUAAGCCUGGGAUUAGGCGACUAUGUGAAUAUUGUUAGGAUAAGGUGACUAUGUGAAUGGGGUUCAGAUUAGGUGACUAUGUGAAUGUGAAGUCUUAGUCUAUAUCCCCGUAACUCACAGCUGUGUGUAGUCGUAGUCUACAUCCCCAUAUUUUCACAUUAUUUUGGAAUCAUAUUCAACAUCCCUCGUACCUUACAGCCGUGCAUAUUCGUAGUCUACAUCCCCAGUACCUUACAGCCGUGUAUAUUCGUAGUCUACAUCCCCCGUACGUUACAGCCGUGCAUAUUUGUAGUCUACAUCCCCAGUACCUUACAGCCGUGCAUAUUCGUAGUCUACAUCCCCAGUACGUUACAGCCGUGCAUAUUCGUAGUCUACAUCCCCAGUACUUUACAGCCGUGCAUAUUCGUAGUCUACAUCCCCAGUAUGUUACAGCCGUGCAUUUUCGUAGUCUACAUCCCCAGUACCUUACAGUCGUGCAUAUUCGUAGUCUACAUCCCCAGUACCUUACAGCCGUGUAUAUUCGUAGUCUACAUCCCCCGUACGUUACAGCCGUGCAUAUUCGUAGUCUACAUCCCCAGUACCUUACAGCCGUGCAUAUUCGUAGUCUACAUCCCCAGUACGUUACAGCCGUGCAUAUUCGUAGUCUACAUCCCAAGUACCUUACAGCCGUGCAUAUUCGUAGUCUACAUCCCCAGUACGUUACAGCCGUGCAUAUUCGUAGUCUACAUCCCCAGUACCUUACAGCCGUGCAUAUUCGAAAUCUACAUCCCCCAUAUCUUACAGCCGUCCAUAUUCGUAGUCUACAUCCCUCUUUUCUAACAGCCGUGCAUAUUCGAAGUCUACAUCCCUCGUACCUUACAGCCGUGCAUAUUCGAGAUCUACAUCCCUCGUAUCUUACAGCCUUGCAUAUUCAAAGUCUACAUCCCUCGUACCUUACAGCCGUGCAUAUUUGUAGUCUACAUCCCUCGUACCUUACAGCCGUCCAUAUUCGUAGUCUACAUCCCUCUUUUCUUACAGCCGUGCAUAUUCGAAGUCUACAUCCCUCGUACCUUACAGCCGUGCAUAUUCGAGAUCUACAUCCCCCGUACCUUACAGCCGUGCAUAUUCGUAGUCUACAUCCCCCGUACCUUACAGCCGUCCAUAUUCGUAGUCUACAUCCCCCGUACCUUACAGCCGUGUUUAUUCGUAGUCUACAUCCCCCGUACCUUACAGCCGUGCAUAUUCGUAGUCUACAUCCCCCGUACCUUACAGCCGUGUUUAUUCGUAGUCUACAUCCCCGGUACAUUACAGCCGUGCAUAUUCGUAGUCUACAUCCCCCGUACCUUACAGCCGUGCACAAUUGUAGUUAAUAUCCUCUACCUCACAGCCGGGUUGCCAUAGUCUCUAUCCCCGUAGUAUGUUGUAGUAUGACUAUCAAUAGUUGAUGUCGAGCCUUUGCAAAUGAUAAGAGUAAAUAACAAGACGUGAUCAAACAGUUGUGCUGUUUUAGCAAAUCCUUGUGAAAAUCUGUCCUAGACCCUGCUGCGAUAUGAUAUCCCAAUAACGCAAUCUUACAUUGCAAUAUCUUAGAACUGGUUGUUUUGUCAACUUGAUGUCAAUAUUUGUUCAUGAACAAAAAAACAAAAAAAACAAAGAACCUGUCUUCCAUUGUAGUCUUAUUGCGUGCUAAUUUUUCUGUGUUCCUAGAUCAUCAAAGACUACCACAAAACCGACGUUCUCAACCACCCCAAGCCGUACUUUGGCGCCGACGAGUUGAAGUGUGGAAACCUGGACAAAUCCGGGACCCGGAUCGUGUCCACGCGUGUCCGUGUGGCGAGAAGCCAUAACGGCUUCCCCUUCCCGCCGCUGCUCACUGUAGAGAAGAGGUCAGACUCGUUCAAUAUCCCAAACUUAAAAGAAGUGGGACCGAUUGCUCUUACAAUGCGUAGCUUUCAAAUAGUAAGAACACCUCAGCGCACCGAAAUAGUAUGAAGUAGUGCAUCAGUUGAAUCAGUUGAAAGAAGUAAAUAUGAAGUAAAUAUGAAGUUGGUUGAAUCAACAAGUUGUUCACUUGAAAGAUUGGACACGGACUAGAUGAACAUGGGCUAACAUUCAGUUCCAGCAUAACUCUAGCUAUACGAGCAUGUCCUAAUUCUACAUCUAAUCACCCUUUUUUAAAUGAUAGGGCUUUAACACGGGCAACGGCAACCAUUUACUUGUAUAAUUAUUGCUAUUUCUUACAUUUAUCUUGCAUUCUUCUCAUCGGACUUUUUGUUAUUGAGAUGUAAAUUCCAUUUCUGGUAAAUGUACAACUAGAAGCACGGUAACACCAUUAUCAUAGGGUCUAGAAUGAUGCAGAUUUCAUUAGACGGUUAAAAAACAAUCUGGGUCUGAGAUUACUGUCUUAGACUCUGGUUCUUGACAUCACUCAAGUCGUCUACAGGUGCCGAUACAGAUUGUCGAGAAGCGUUUCUUCUGUAUGGCCAAGUCUUUCACUUCAUUCGGUUCAGCAGUACAUCAUACAGCAACAGUCACCAAUGCAACAAAUAUUAACCGGUUUUUUGUACACAAAAGUUUAUUUAACACUACUUGAUGAACAAGACUUGAUAUAUAAUUUCAGAAUUUGAUAAUAAAAUCACUCCAACCAAAUAUUAAUCAAUAUACCAAUCCAAACACUUUUUCCAGUAUAUCCGCCAUCAAUUCUCUCAGCACAACACUUAGCAGUAUUCAAUUCACAACAGUCAAUGUAGCACAUCCGCCAUCUAUCUUCUCUAACCACAACGAAAACUAACGCGUCACUUCCCACUACACCAUUACGUCACAACACUCUCACACAAACGAUACGGCUGCACAUAAAAUCUCUAACUAACAUCUUUUCCCUAUCAAACAUGACAACAACGCUCUACACAUAACAACAGUGAUUCUCAUACCCUCGACACAGAUGCGUGUACAUACAGCUUGACAUUUUGAGUUGAUUAGAUUUCUCGGCUGCAAAAUAUAUUUCUAACUCUUCUUCAUGAACUUUUAAGUGUGUCUCUCGGAGCUUCUGCCAUCUUGAGUAUAAAGCCAUAAUACAAAUUUAUGAUACAGACUCAUGAUAAAAACUCAUGAUACAAACUAAAUCAUGAAAUAAACUCAUGAUACAAACGCAUGGUAACAACUCUCUCUGCCCCAGGUUACAGAUGGAGCGCAUGACCGUGGCGGCCUUGAAGCUCCUGAAAGGUGAGCUGGCCGGGACCUACUACCCACUGUCUGGUAUGAGCAAAGAAGAGGAGGAGAAGCUCGUCAAAGAUCAUUUCUUGUUUAACGACAGCAACAGGUAA